AAGAGACAUGCUUAUCCAAAAUCCCCAUAAGAAGAACGUUUCUUGGGAGUAACACAAAUUUGUGACUCACAUCAUAGCUUAGCUAGUUAAAGAGUGUGAGUGAGUUGUGUGGUGGUGGUUUUGACUUUUGAGCCACACUUUGAUUGAGAACAAAAAUAAUAAAUUCACAUGCGAAAUCGAAAUCGAAAUCGAAAUCGUGUGUUGUAGUUGGUAGGAUCACACAGACACAACAGCAACCAUGUUACCUCCUCGAAUUCCAAUCGAUCUGAACGACAUGAAGGAGAAUCUCUCCUUUCAGUUACGCCCUUGGCAACGCUCCUUCCAGUUCUGGGUGCGAGCCAUUGAUAUCUACACUGGAUACAAGGUGUUUCAAGUGAGGGUGAAUUUCGAGAAGGAUGCGCAGAAGCAGGAAGCAAUGUGGGAGAGACAGCACGAGCUUGCUGCUGAUAAGAUUUACGCCAUGUGCUCUGACCUUGGUGGUUUCUUCCUCAAGAUUGCUCAAAUUAUUGGGAAGCCCGACUUGGCUCCGGCUGCCUGGGUGAGAAGGCUUGUGACGCUGUGUGAUCGUGCCCCUCCGACCACGUUUGACACCGUGAAGCUUGUGCUGGAGAAUGAGCUGGGACAGGGUAUUGAUGAUGUGUUUGAGAGGUUUGAUUUGGAACCCCUUGGUUCUGCCUCGAUUGCUCAGGUUCACAGAGCAAGACUGAAGGGUGACAAAGGUGAUGUUGUUGUCAAGGUUCAACAUCCUGGAGUUCAGGAUCUGAUGAUGACAGAUAUCCAUAAUUUGCAAGCUUUUGCUUGGUACAUGCAAAAGACAGAUAUCAAAUUUGAUCUAUUUUCGGUGACAAAGGAAAUGGAAAAACAGAUUGGAUAUGAAUUUGACUUCGUGAGGGAGGCUGAUGCAAUGGCAAGGAUUAGAAAGUUCUUGUAUGAACAUAACAGAAGGACUCCUGUUUUGGUGCCAAGAGUAAUAAGAGAUAUGGUUACUAGAAGGAUCCUAGUUAUGGAAUAUAUGGAUGGGAUUCCAAUAAUGAACCUUGGUGAUGAAAUAGAAAAGAGAGGCAUAAAUCCACGUGGUAAGGUUGCAGCUGUAGCAAAGCAGAAAAUACUUCAAAGCUUGACUCUAGCAUAUGGUCAAAUGAUUUUGAAAAGUGGAUUCUUCCACGCCGAUCCUCAUCCAGGAAAUAUCCUGAUUUGUAAAGGAUCAGAGGUUGCCUUGCUAGACUAUGGGCAGGUGAAGGAUCUCCCAGAACAGUUAAGGCUUGGUUAUGCUAAUCUAGUUCUUGCAAUUGCUGAUGGUGACCCAGUAAGAGCUUCAGAAAGCUAUAGGGAACUUGGUAUAGAAACCUUUAGCAAAUGUGAAAAUGAGCUACAAGAAAUGUUUAAACUAGCAGAGACAAUGUUUGAUACAAAAUUGCCUCCUGGGGUGACAAUGCUGCAACCUUUCUCUGACGAGUCUUCAAUUAAAAAAAUUGCUGUUCAGGCUUUUCCAGAAGAACUGUUUUCUGUACUUCGGACAGUGCAUCUACUGAGAGGACUUAGCGUUGGACUUGGAAUCAAUUAUUCCUGUGCAGAACAGUGGAGACCUAUUGCUGAAGAAGCUUUGUUUCAAGCCGGCAGACUUAAAGGUAAGGAUGUUAAGCCCAGAGGUAAGAAACGUGGUCUACGGAAAAUGUUAUUUUGGACACAGUAGAUACUAAUUGCAUGUUUAGAAGCAUGAGAGCAGGCAAUAUUUACGCCCCAAAAUCGCGUAUCAAGAGAAACUUUAACUCUACCAGUUGUAGUUUAGCCUUGUGGGUUAAUUUUUUUUUCAAACACACUAUAAAUAGGCAGGUCUGGAUACGUGGGUAUAGUUUGUUGAUUAGCUGAUCAAUUCUUUGUGUGCCAAUGGAGGAAGGUGAAUUCAAAUAUUCUCUCUUCAAAAUGGUAUAUAAGUUAAACAUUGAUGACGAUCACAAUUUGAUCUGGGGGAGCCUCAGCAGGCAGUUUUUAGAAUAUUAGAAUGUUUUGGGUCUGUACUUGAUAUAUGUUUUCGGGAAAAAAUUGAAUGCAUUACCAAUUUUUUCAAAAUUUUGAGGAAAUAUUUAAUGAUAUUAUGAA